AUGCAUCCGCUCAUAAACUCGUCCUUGACAAAGACCCAGGCCGAUUUCAAUGGUCUCAUUGCGCUCAUUGUUCAAUUUUUCUUUGCGCGGAGGGUCUAUCUACUGAGCGAGAACUGGAUUAUUACGGGAAUUAUCAUGAUUUUGGCUUGUUCACAUUUCAGCCUCGGCAUAGUUUUCACAGUGCAAGCUUUCCGUGUCUUACACUUUGACCGGUACCCUAAAUUGACUUGGGUGACUUCGACUGGCCUCGGUUGCGCGGCAGCGGCAGAUAUAAUCAUCGCUAUAUCCAUGUGCCAUUACCUCGCAAAGCGUCGCACGGGAUUCAAACGGACAAACUCUAUCAUCCUGACCCUGAUGGCCUUCAGCAUCAAUACCGGCCUGCUCACUAGCAUUCUAGCCACUGCCACUGCAAUAACAUUUGCCACCAUGCCCACCAACUUCGUCUGGCAGAGUUUCUUCUGGGUACUCGGCAAGUGUUAUGUGAACUCCCUCUUGGCAACGCUGAACGGCCGGGAAUACAUCCACGAGAAGGCGCGCAGACACCAGGCCACAUUCGUGGAACUAUCCAACCUCGAGUUCCAUCACGACAAUAGGUUCGUGCCGACGAAUUCAGUCGCGCUCCGAAGCAGCGAUCUUGUGUUCAGCAAGCCCUCGGUCGCCCUCGCUGUUACAGUGGAAACUGUUACGGAACAGAGUACGACCAGCGAGGACGUACUGCGGUCCAUCGCGUCGCAGCACGCCCGCCAUAUCUCGAGAUCCAACUCCUUGCGAGCUGGGCCAUCGAAUCUACUCCGAGCUGGUCCAUCAACACCGACGCGUCCCGUGAACAAUUUCAGUAGUACAUGCACAAAGUGA